AUAAUUUGUUUCCCCUUUUUUCUUCCUUUCUCUUUUUCUUUUUUUUUUUUUUUUGUUAUUAAACUUUAUAAAGCAUGAAAGAAACAGAACGAAAACUAUUGACUUCAACAUGGCAAACGGUCAUUCACUACAUUGUGGUUACAGCAUUUUUAAUAACAAUUAUAACAUUACCAAUAUUGUACACCAAGACAGGAACACCGCCGUUUUGGGUGAUUUGUCUGGUGAUCAGUAUAUUUUUAAUAUUUUACAUAUUGUUUAUGUCACUGCUUUUCGUUCGAAAGAAUGCCAUACCCAACGACAAUGUGGAACAUGGUCAACAAGAUCAAGACGAGAUUGUACGGUUACAAAGUAAUAAUAGCCACAGUACGAUUCAAAGUCAACCUCCUGGCGGCGGCGGUAUUGAUAGUGAACGUCGCACCAUUUACAAUUCCUCCACCAUAGGCAUCCCACCAAGCUCCUUCUUAGCACCCACUGGACAUACAUCGAUACGAUCCUCCAGUCUAGACUAUGUGCCUCCUCCUCCUGCCUACCAAGACAUGAUUUACCCACCUUCUUAUCGUUCAACACAUUCAACAAAAGACGAUAAUGUUUCCAUUGUAUAUUAAAUGUAUAAAUUUCAUUGUUAUGCGAAAAAGCCACAUACAUACACGUUGCAUAAUAAUGAUAAUAAUAAUAAUAAUAAUAAAAAUAACUUGUCCAUUUCUCACCCUCUCUUCUUCUAUACAUUACUACUCAAAGACAAGGCCCCCAGCAAAACAAGAAAAGACACGCUUAAUGUAGUCAAUCUAGAUCAAGUCCAAACAACUCAUGGAAUGACUUUAAGGAUCCCUCGCGGCACAAGUAAAACCGAAACUUUUAAUAAUAAUGACUUACCAAGGUUAGAAAUCAUCAUUACUGUUUUUGCUCUCCUCCUCCUCCUCCCCUCCCCCCCCCUUUUUUUUUGUUGGG